UGUCAUAAACACGACAUCCCGUUGUCAUGGUGAUGAGGACGCUAGUCGCUCCCUGGGCAUUUAUAACACGUCAAAAGUGCACCUGGUAAUUGUAUUUGGAUUCAUUUAAUGUAGUAACAUCACCUCAAAGAAGGAUCGCUGAAACACGCCUAUCUUAAAUCCCUACGACCAGCAAGAUGCCACCAAAGGCACAGGGAGGCACGAGAAAGCUGAGUAAGGAGGAGAGAGAGAAGCUCAGACGAUUGGAACAAGAGCGGCGUCAACGGGAGGCUGAGGAGGCCAGGAUCCGGGAAGAGGAGGAGGAGGCGGCGAGGCAAGAGCGAGAGAGGGUGGAGGCAUUGCUGAGGGCAGAAGCUGUGAAGGAACAGCAGAGACAGCGAGUGGUGCAGCUCACAGCCACAGCGGCGGUCACAACACACCUCGACACCACCAUGGAGCUCACCAGAGACCGCAUUAAGGACCAAGAGGAGUGGGAGAGGAUGAUGAGGUGUGAUGGACUGCCAGAUCCCACCAGUGUGCCAGAGAUGAACAGAUACCUUAGUCUUUGGCGGGCUGACCUGGACACAGCCACACUAGAGGGCGCCCUGGCCAAGACACACCAGGUCAUUCACGUGAUCUCUGAACUGGAGGCCGUCAUGGAGGAUACCGGAGAGGCCACGGAGAAGCAACUGAGGGACUGGAGGGAGAUCUGGCUGGAGCUUCAGGAGGCACAGAAGGAGAAGUUGGACCAAGCCACCUACCAUCAGCUGCUGGACCUACGACCACACCUAGACCACGAGACCAUGGUGUACUCUUUCUUCACGUCCUCCCCGCUGGUGUCCCUCGCCCUCUGGAGCAACACCACCAGAUCACCCAAGAACAACUGCCACGAGGUGAAGGAGCUGGGGUUCACCUUCACCUUACCGGAGGACUUGGUGGAGGCGGAGUGUGUGGUGAGGGUGAUGAGGACGGAGUAUGACCACUACUCCAAGUUCGCCCCGACCUUCAACACCCCCAACGUGCAGGAGACACACGCAACUCUCCUGGAGGAUUGUGGGGAGGAGGUAGAAGCGGCCCCAGAGGAACAGCUGCCAGCGAAGGAGUCUGAGUUAUCAUCAGACACAUUUGCCCCCUCCCCACACACACACCUACCUGCCUGUUGCACACCCAGGGUUGCAGGCGGCGGCGGCGGCGGUAAGGCGGAAGGUGACGGCAAGGAAAAGAUGGGGGCCCCGCCGGUGUUGGUGAAGAAGUAUCGGCCACCACACUUCACGGAGACCGGCCCGGGGGAGUUGAACUUACGUCGAUACCGGAUCCAAGGCGGCGUGUAUACCAUAGAUCUACUGGAGGUGCCGCCCCAACCCCGUGUACUGGCUGACUGUACCAUCACCCAGGUGGAGGAGGUAUGCACGGUGUCUCGGGUACACUGGGUGGCCAACUACAACCCGCCAGCAGCUCCUGAAGCAGCAGGACAACGCCGGCGGGAUCCUGAGGCCGUGGAGCAGGAGAUGAGACAACUGGAGAAGGAGCUGCAGAAGUUGAUACUGAUCACCAUUAAGUUGCCAGAUUCAGCCUUCUGGUUUGAGCCGCCACAGAUGGUGCUGUGGGACGAGAGGAAGAGAUGCUGGUCUAAUGAAUACUUCCAUGAUGUUAAAUACAACGAAGAUCAGUGUGUUAUGCAGGUGAGGACCACAAGGCUCGGAGUGAUGGGUCUCGCUAUGAACAGGUUCGCUAAUCUCCCCUUCCAGAGCUGGGAGCUGAAGCCGCAGGGAGGUACUGCUGUCUCCCUGACACUUAUCGCUGCUGUGGUGGUGGCAGAGUUCACUAUCAUGGAGGAGGGACACGUGUGUUUGGCCAACUUACAAGACGGGGCCAGGACAGCGCUCUCUCACCUCUACGGUAAACCCAUGAAGGCUAACGCUCUCAUCAAGACUCUACAGUUCUACGGCAUCAAUCUCUUCCCAGACCGUGAUUCUUACUGCUACAUUGACGGACUACCUACCAAACACAGGCCUACAGAACAACACCUCUACCGCUGCAUGGCUCUCGUGGCUCCUGCCGUCCACUUCGCCUGGAGUCGUUGGAAUCUCCUGGCGGGGCUGACGAAGCUAGUGUUUCAGAUGAAGACCAAGAAAAUCUCACCUGAUGAUACACAGGUGGGUCAGCCGCUAGUACUGGUGACGCCGCAGAAGACGUGUGUGUUGGAGUGUACAGAGAUCUCUCAGGCUUUUUCCAACAACGAUGAGGACCCCUCCAAGUACUACGCCGACCUGUAUCAGCUGGUGUUGGAUGACCUGGAUGAAGGUGUAAGACAGACCGUUCAAGACGCCUCACCCAUCUUCAUCCACAACAUCCAAUACAUGUUGAAGGCCGCAUCUGUUAUCUCUUACUGUUGAGCUGCCCUUCUGUUGCUGCUGUUACUGUUAUCUGUUACGAGUGUUACAGCACCUCGGAGUCACAGUUUCAUCAAGUUUUAUUUCAAUUAAACAUCUAAUUAUACCUAUA